AUGCAGGAAACUGAGCCUUGGCAGCAGUGGGGACAGGCUCUGCCGGGCGUCCGGCCCACCUCCGUCACUGCCCCGCUGGACCUGGAGUACCUCUUCAGGUGCAGCGGGAAACCAGACGCCGAAGCCACGCAGAUCAAGAUCUGUGUGGCGUACCGCCGCGGUGCAACUCGCAAGGCCCGCGUUAGCCUGGAGGAGUUCCUGGAGGCGCUGAUGGAUGGAGGGCGACCUGGCAGCUUCAACUUGUACAACUAUGAAGACAAAGUCGGCCUCCAGCAAGCCAGUCAGCAGUUCCAUGCCCAUACCACAAAAUGGCCACUGGAACAGAAACCCGACAAGGGAAAGAAGGCCAUGUAUACUGAAGGAAACACCGCCAAUGAUGAAGACACCUACAACGAAUGGAAAGUUUACCUAGAAAAGGUGUUUGCGGUGGACGAUCAUGACGAUGACACUUACAAUGACGAUGACACCUACAAUGACGAUGACACUUACAAUGACGAUGACACCUACAAUGACGAUGACACCUACAAUGAUGAAGACACCUACAACGAAUGGAAAGUUUACCUAGAAAAGGUGUUUGCGGUGGAAGAUCAUGACGAUGACACUUACAAUGACGAUGACACUUACAAUGACGAUGACACUUAUAAUGAACGGAAGGAUCUCCCGGAAAGGGUGCUUACGGUGAAAGAUAAAGACUUUGGCGAGGCGGCGCACGAGGUUGUGGAAGCCUCUGAUGUCGAUGCAACAGAAGAGGAGGAAGCCUCAAAUGUUCCUGCCGCGAAAGAGGAAGAAGAAGAAGCCUCUGAUGCUGGUGACGCAGAAGAGAAAGAAGCCUCUGAUGUUCCUGCCGCAGAGGAUGAAGAAGCCUCUGAUGUCGGUGCCGCAGAGGAUGAAGAUGCCUCUGAUGUCGGUGCCGAAGGAGAGGAGAAAGUCUCUGAUGUUACCGCCGCAGAGGAAGAAGAAACCUCUGAUGUUCCUGCCGCUGAAGCGGAAGAAGCCUCUGAUGUUACCGCCGCAGAGGAAGAAGAAACCUCUGAUGUUCCUGCCGCUGAAGAGGAAGAAGCCUCUGAUGUUACCGCCGCAGAGGAGGAAGAAACCUCUGAUGUCGGUGCCGCUGAAGAGGAAGAAGCCUCUGAUGUUACCGCCGUAGAAAAGGAAGAAACCUCUGAUGUCGGUGCCGCUGAAGAGGAAGAAGCCUCUGAUGUUACCGCCGCAGAGGAGGAAGAAACCUCUGAUGUCGGUGCCGCUGAAGAGGAAGAAGCCUCUGAUGUUCCUGCCGUAGAAAAGGAAGAAGCCUCUGAUGUUCCUGCCGCAGAGGAGGAAAAAGCCACUGAUGUCGGUGCCACAAGAGAGGAGGAAGCCUCUGAUGUCGGUGCCGCAGAAGAGGAGGCACCCCUGCACGGAGAAGCCUCUCGGGGCGAAGUCCAUUCACCAGUGACCGUCCCUGCCGCCCCCGCCACAGCUUCCCUCGCCUACCGCAGCCUCACCGUGGCGCAGAGAUUCAUCUCCCGCCUCGCAGGACCCAGUGACCGCCAGCUGGAGGACCUGCGGCGGAGCCACGGCGUCAGCAUCGUGCGGGUCAGGCGAACCCUGCACAUCAAGGGCAACAGGGACGCCGUUCUGCGAUGCCACCGAGACAUACGCGACGAGAUCGCCGAGUGGCGGAGGCGCGAGGCCGCUGAGGCUCAGUAAGCGAGCCACGGACAUGCCUGUGACCCGUGACGGCCGCCUUAGCACCAUGUUUCUUAGCAUUUCUUAUCAUUUCUUGUCUUUCUUAUCAAUCUAGAUAUUCUGUUGUUG